GCUGCCGCCGUUCCUGCGCUCCUUGCUGCGCUACAAGGCCUUCGUCGCGCUCUUCGGCACGCCGCUCGUCCUGCUGCCGCUGCCGCUUCUCAUCGCCACCCCGGAGGCCAGAUGUGGCUAUGUGAUCAUUCUCAUGGCUGUGUACUGGUGCACAGAGGUGAUUCCUUUGGCUGUUACAUCUCUCUUGCCAGUCGUUUUAUUCCCAUUGUUUGGCAUCCUGGAAUCAAAAAAGGUAUGCAUGCAGUACCUAAAGGACACCAAUAUGCUCUUUAUUGGGGGCCUGAUUGUGGCUGUGGCUGUAGAGCAUUGGAACCUGCACAAGCGGAUUGCACUCAGGGUGUUGCUAAUUGUUGGAGUGAAGCCUGCACUCCUGAUGUUGGGAUUUAUGGGAGUUACGGCUUUCCUGUCCAUGUGGAUCAGCAACACAGCAACCACUGCUAUGAUGGUUCCCAUCAUCCAGGCUGUUCUAGAGCAGAUGAACAAUUCAGAGUAUGACCUGAGAGUCAUGGAAUCAACUGGACACGUCAACAAUGCUAUUGAAAUGGAAGGGAAGGUGGCCACGGGAGUCUCCUCAGUGCAAGGCAAUGGCUACCUUCCUGAUGAUUCUCAAGAGCAAGACAGGAUAGCAAAGAAGCGCACUAACAAGGGAAUGACCCUAUGUGUGUGUUACGCAGCAAGCAUUGGCGGGACAGCCACCCUUACAGGGACAGGUCCUAACUUGGUCCUGAAAGGUCAGAUGAAUCAAUUGUUUCCCAGAAAUGAUGACGUCGUGAAUUUCGCUUCCUGGUUUGGAUUUGCUUUUCCCAAUAUGUUAUUGAUGCUGGUACUGGCCUGGUUUUGGCUUCAGUUUUCCUUUAUAGGAUUUAACUUUCGGAAAACCUGGGGCUGUGGAAGCCAAAAGACUGAGAAAGAGAAGGCUGCUUUUAACGUGUUGAAGGAGGAGUACCGAAAGUUGGGGCCCAUCUCCUUUGCUGAAAUUAAUAUCCUCAUGGUUUUCACACUGCUGAUUCUCCUUUGGUUCACCCGAGAUCCAGGCUUCAUCCCAGGCUGGGCAACUUUUCUCUUCAAUAAAGACAAAGAGUAUGUAACUGACGCCACCGUGGCCGUUUUUGUGGCCCUGCUGCUCUUCAUUCUUCCUUCCACGAAGCCCAGAUGUGGUUUCUGCAGCAAGAACAGCUGUGAUCUGGAAGAGGCUGAGGAAGAUAUGAAGGAACCAUUUUUCCCAGCCCCGUUGCUGGAUUGGAAAACUGUUCAGAAGAAGUUGCCCUGGGGUAUUGUGCUGCUACUUGGAGGUGGCUUUGCUUUGGCCAAUGGAAGUGAUGCUUCGGGGCUGUCCAAAUGGCUGGGGAAUCAGAUGACACCACUGCAUACCAUUCCUCCCUGGGCCAUUGCAAUUAUUCUCUGUAUUGCCAUCGCCAUUUUCACUGAAUGUACCAGUAACGUAGCCACAGCCACCCUCUUCCUGCCCGUCUUUGCAUCAUUGUCACAGUCUAUUGAAGUGAACCCUUUGUACAUCAUGAUCCCAGGCACUCUCAGUGCUUCAUUCGCUUUCAUGCUUCCUGUAGCAACCCCUCCAAACGCCAUUGUAUUCUCAUAUGGCCAUCUCCACGUAUCUGACAUGGUUAAAACUGGAAUUGUGAUGAAUAUCAUUGGAGUCAUUUGCGUAACUGUGGCCAUCAACAGCUGGGGUCGUUACAUGUUCCAUUUAGACACUUUCCCCUCAUGGGCAAACGGCACUUUAGGGAAGUGAAAACGAAGGCAAAAGCAUUCUGCAUUUGUAUGGACGUCCUGUUCUUUUCUCGCCCCAAAUCUUUUCUCAAACCUUAGUUAACCCACUGAGGUCCAUUUUUUUUGUCCUCAAUUGGGGCAGACCACCUGGAAAGUAUUCCAGCCGCGCCUACAUGUUUGUGCUGCUUCCAGAAGAAUCUCUGAGCAAACAUCUCAGCGGCAUCUCCUGCAGCCAGUGCUUGCCCACCUGGGUUUCCAGGCUAACCAGGAGCAGAAUACGGGUUCUUUAGAGACAAAACAUGGAGGCAAAAAUUGCUAUGCCUAAAUAUAGGAAGAAAGUGGCUUCAGAACAGAGUAAACUUACUGUCAUUAAGGUAAAACUGGGAGUAUGUCAAGCGCAGGCCUGAUUAAUUUGCUAUAUUGUCUGCCAUGGACUUGCAAGUUAACCAUUUUACAUGUGACUCCUGCUGCCUGACUAAACUCACUCACUCAGGCAAAUCUUUUCUGGGAAAGCCCAGCAAAUGCUUCAAGACAAGAAGAAUGUCUCUUCCACAUUGGCAUGCUGAUCUGGACUACAUGGGCUAACAACAGCCUGCUGUGUUCUGAUUUUGGUAGUUCCCAGCCAGGCAGAAAUGCAGUUGUGUCUUCCCAACCCGUUUGCAGGUCCAGAGUUAGGCAGAUGCUAGUGAAAAAGCAGACGGGGAUAUGGAUGGGCAGGGGUGGGCUUGAAAGGGACAAAGUAAAUACAAAACAGCCAGAGCUAAACCCAGGUAGCUUAAUAUGUUUAAUAUUAUUUAAGUUGCCUUAAAAGCAAUGCAAUAAAAUUUGCAUUUUGUGCAUCUGACAAACAUACAUUUUACAUAUGUCAGUGCCUUUGAACUCAGUGGCUGGAAAGUAGAAGAUCAGUGAGCUAUUGGAUAAAAUCUUCUCUUGAGAAAAGAGAAAGAGAAGAUCUUCUUUAAAAUGUUACAUAAAUAUUCAUGGAAAACAUCUGGAGUAUCCUCAUAUACAUAAUCUUUCCUCCCAUUGCCUGAGCUAAAUUUCUUCUUGCCUGGCCUUCUGAAUAUGAGAAGUCAUGAUUUCAAAUGUCUCUUUGCAAGAGUCAGGAGGAAGGGCACUUAAAACACAAAUAUAUAAAGCAGAUGUUUAAAUUAUUUUUCCUAUAGUAGUUUGCCGGACUUUGGAAACUUACAAGAAUGAAUGUCACAAAAUAAUAGUAAUAUUUUAAUUGGGGAACUCAUUUGAUGUUUUUCCUUGCUGUCUUCAAUCAGUUUGAAUGACUUUAAAAUAAAAUGUAAUUCUUCAGUUAAAGAUCCAAUGAUACUUAAAUUUCCAAUUCUGACAGAUGUUUAUGUGACAAAGUCGAAUAGUUUUACCCUUGAGCAAUGGAUGGGCAGGAAACUCUGACCUGAUUCAUACACUGAGCCAAGCCAUCAAUUGAUUUGCCUUGUUUCAACAUAGCAUGUUGAAUGAAUCUGAGUAUUGUGGCUUAGCCCACAGUGUAAAUGCACAAACAGCCAUACGAUUCUUGAAAUAGCUUAUCCUGGCCAACUUCACUAGUGAUUACAUGAAAAGUGGGAAUGCAUUGCCUUCCAAGGUAAAAAGGACUGGAGAUUUCUGGUCAUAGGAUUCCUGAGGAGAGACCAAAGGGUGAUAGCUACCUCCUACCUUCCCCAUUUCAUAUAGGGUCAACUGUAACAUAUUAGUCAUUUUGUGAACUGGCACCAUCGGCUUACAUGGUACUUGAGGGUUAAGGUUAGAGGCUCUGUACUCUAAUGGGAAGACCUUACAGGAUCCCACCUCCUGGUCAGGGGUCUCAGUGUUUGUCAGUCCUCUUGAAAGAGCUUGUCCUUGCAAGGAGUGAUUUAGGCCUAUUUCGAUGGAUACUGUUCAGUUGUUCCUUUUUUAAAGUUCUCUUUUUAAAGAUUUUAUCUGUCAUGAACUUGUAGCCAAGAUUUUGUUGUUCUAACUUAAUUAUUAUAAAAAAAAUAAAAGUAUUAAUGGUUUCACCAUC